CUUUCACGACUAAAAAGAAUCCUAAACUCUAUUUAAAAAUGAACCCGAUUGAGAAAAUUUCACAUAUGCUAUCACUGACAUAAAAAAAGAAUUAAAAAAAAAAAAAAAAAAACACUUUCAGUUUCUUUCCCUUCACAAUUGUUCAAAAAAACAGCUAUGGUUGCAGGUGGGAACUCAAAUUCCGAUAUCUCUUUUGCUGGCACUUUCGCCAGUAGUGCUUUCUCUGCAUGUUUCGCUGAGAUAUGCACUAUUCCCCUGGACACUGCCAAAGUUAGGCUUCAGCUUCAAAAGCAAGCUGUAGCCGGUGAUGUGAGCUUACCUAAAUACAAGGGUAUGCUCGGAACGGUUGGAACCAUUGCCAGGGAAGAAGGUCUUUCAUCACUCUGGAAGGGAAUUGUGCCAGGGUUACACCGUCAAUGUUUGUAUGGUGGUUUAAGAAUCGGGUUAUACGAGCCUGUUAAGAAUUUAUAUGUUGGGAGUGACCAUGUUGGAGAUGCUCCAUUGUCGAAAAAAAUUCUUGCAGCAUUAACAACUGGUGCUGUGGCAAUUGCAGUGGCGAAUCCUACUGAUCUUGUCAAAGUUAGACUUCAAGCUGAAGGUAAAUUGCCCGCUGGCGUGCCCAGGCGUUACACUGGAUCAUUGAAUGCUUAUUCAACAAUUGUGAAACAGGAAGGAAUUGGAGCUCUUUGGACCGGCAUUGGCCCCAAUGUUGCAAGAAAUGCUAUCAUUAACGCUGCUGAACUAGCCAGCUAUGAUCAAGUGAAACAGACCAUUUUGAAAAUUCCAGGAUUCACUGAUAACGUUGUCACGCAUCUUCUUUCUGGUCUUGGGGCAGGAUUUUUUGCAGUCUGUAUUGGCUCCCCGGUUGACGUGGUUAAAUCGAGAAUGAUGGGAGACCCUAGUUACAAAAACACACUUGAUUGUUUCGUCAAAACAUUAAAAAAUGAUGGACCUUUAGCCUUUUAUAAGGGUUUCAUACCAAAUUUUGGACGGCUAGGAUCUUGGAAUGUGAUCAUGUUUUUAACUCUAGAACAGACUAAAAAGUUCGUCAAAAGUUUGGAAUCAGCAUAAUCUUAAGCAAGUACCAAUAAAAUUUUAUGAGCACGGUGACAACUGGUGGGUCAACAGAAAUCAUCAAGAAAAUUUAACUUCUAUUUGUUUUCUCUAUUGGAAUGUGUGAACAAUUUUUUGGCGUAGAAAAAAUAAGUAUUAAUGAAUAAAAUAAACUUAUUGAUAGAUGCUAGAUUUAAAGCUUCAAAUCACUGUUUUAUUUUUUGUAUUAAUUAUCUUACAAGUUUAUCAAGAGCUGGGCUUUGACAGAUGGGAAUAGGAGGAAUUUGAAAUUGUAGAUUGCUUUU